GGAAAUAUAAAUAAACAAUUUCGUGUAAACGAUCGAUUCAAAGAAAUGUUCGAUCGAGAUUUCACAGUAUGUUAGUUUUAUGCCGUUUGAGAUUAGAUAUUGACCUAUUCCACUUCUUCUUUUCAUUCUUUCAUUUCAAACGUGUGUACCAUUAGGAACAUCUGUAUAGAGUUAAACUAUUAUCGAAACUAAUUCAAAUGCGUACUAUUGUAACGCGCAGUAGCUUUUCUUUCAGUUGAUAACAUACACGGCUAACUUUAAAUCUCCGUUUUAUUUGAAAUUAAGAAAAAAGAGAAAAAAAAUAAAAGAAAAAUUAAAAUCAAAAGGGAAAUUGUACAUUAACCGUCAAUAAUUAAGCGUUUAUUUUGGCAAUUUGCAAGACGUUUAAGUUAUCCAUCUGAAAAAAAAAAGUGAAAAGUGGCAUGAACAGUGAGCGAAAGGGAGAGAAAGACAUUUAUUUAGGGGGAACUAUACAGCGCGCCAGUUUUGUUAGAAAAAUUUUCUUCAGCAUUGGAUGUGUGUGCUGAUUGUAGCUUCAUUGCCAUCGCAUUGUCGUGUCAGGCGGAGAGGUGUUGCCACUCUCGCAUGGACCUGGGAGAAUGCCCCCAGAUUCACGACUUGGCCCUACGGGCUGACUAUGAGGCUGCGCAAAAGAAGAAGGAUCACUUUUAUGAUAUCGAUGCCAUGGAACAUUUACAAAAUUUUAUUGCUGAUUGUGAUCGCCGUACAGAACAAGCAAAACAACGUCUCGCAGAAACGCAAGAAGAGCUUAGUGCCGAAGUAGCAGCAAAGGCGAAUAAUGUUCAUGUACUCGCAGAAGAAAUUGGCAAAAAAUUGGCCAAAGCCGAACAACUUGGUGAAGAAGGUUUCGUUGAGGAAUCCAUGAAGCUUAUGGGUGAGAUUGACGAGUUACGAAAAAAGAAGAAUGAGGCCGAACAAGAAUAUCGGAAUAGUAUGCCAGCGUCUAGUUAUCAGCAACAAAAACUGAGAGUCUGCGAAGUUUGCAGCGCAUACCUUGGAAUUCAUGAUAAUGAUCGACGAUUAGCAGAUCAUUUCGGUGGAAAAUUACAUUUAGGCUUCAUCAAGAUCCGCGAAAAAUUGGCUGAGCUUCAAAAAACUGUGGAAGAACGACGUAAGGAAAAAAGAGAGUCGUUGUUGGAUAGACGCAGAGAUAGAGACAGAGAUGAUCGCGAUAGAGAUCGUGAUAGUCGACGCGGAGGAUUGGGUUACAGAGACAAAGAUCGCGAUCGCGAUCGGGAUCGAGAACGUGAACGUGAUCGAGAUCGUGAUCGUGACCGCGAUAGAGAGCGUGAUCGUGAUCGCGACCGCGACCGCGACCGCGACCGUGAUCGUGAUCGUGAUCGUGAUCGCGAAAGAGAUCGAGAUCGCGAACGCAGGGAUAGGGAUAGGAGAAAGUCACGUUCUCGAAGUCGCAGUCGUGGAAAAAGAUCAAAACGUUCACGCAGUAGUAGCCGUAACCGUCGAUCACGUUCUCGUCGUAGUGGGUCCAAUGAUCGAAAAAGAUAAAACUAAUUAUCAUUUUUAAUUAUGCUCAAUCAUUUUUUCUUCGUAUGAAUUCUCACGUGCUUAUUUGUGCACAUUAUAUGUAAAAAAAAAAAAA